AUGCAGAAUUCGCAUUACAACAGCGUCCCGACCGGCAUGAAUGAUACCCUUCGCACACGGCCUGACGUUGUGACCUCGUCCAAGAUUCCGCAUGACAAUGACGGCACGUAUCGGCAAAAUUCUGCUAGGCGAUUGAGAUUUCAAUUGUGGUCAAGAGUCAAGCAAUAUGCCCCUUUUGGCACAACAGGAAAAUCCCGGGCCCGCCAAUUGGCUCCCAGUCAAGCAAGCCCUUGUCUGCCAGAGAUUAGUACCAAAUAUUCUGACAAAGUCACGAUUACUUCUGAAAAACAUGAACAACUGGGUACAUCGCGAUGCAAUGCCAGUAUACCAGACGGCAGAUCCAGGUUCAUCAACACCGUAAAAUCAAAUCCUACGGACUCGCUUCCAGCGCCUUCUCCUAAUAGUGAGAAAUCAAAAAUUAUCUCGACUGCUAAAUCGCCAACCAAACCUUUCAACGCUGCCAUACUUCACCCAGUUUCUGGGCCCCUUAUUCUUCCCUCACAGGCAGAAGUUGCGUCGGUGCAGCUGUCACCUCCGACUAGCAAAUAUCAAGACGCACUCCCCAAGACUACAAAGACAGAUACGGAGGGCUCAAUUCACCCAGUUGAAUUAUUCGCCGUCAGCGCGGAGCCUGAAACAACAAGUCCCCCUCCGGUGCCCCCAAAGUCACCACGAACGAUGGAUCGCUCUCCAAAGCUUCAGCAAGAACAAUGUUCCACAGUGGAGGAGCUCUGCUGGGCCGACGAUUCCCAAGUGUACACAACUCACCAAGCAAUCGGGAAGGCCAACGCCAUACCAAAGCUGAAGAUGCAUCACCGGAGGAAUCUAAACAAGGGAUAUUUCUCGACAGAACGCCGAGCAUGCUUCAUGCUCCCUCUCGCAGUUGCUCCAUCAGGUGCUAGCCCGGUCUUUUCGCCAAAUGAGAUAGAAUGUCUGCACCCCUACGCUAAGCAUCAGGCUGAGGAAUUCAAAGCAUUAAACUGUGGUGAAGUUAGGGCACUUUCUUUGGAACUCCGGGUACUUGAGGAGCGCUGCAAACAGAUUCGCCGUAUUUACAAUUCACUCGAAUUCGAGCUCCGUGGUCUGCAGGAACGUACAACUCGGCUCCUCGGGUCCCAAAGCACGGACUUUGCUGAGUGCAGGAAAAACGUGUUGAUCCGAACAAAAGCUAUGGCAGAUCUUAACGUGUCCAUGAAAGGUUGGGCCAGCAAGUUAGAGCAGGCUACAGACCAGCAAGUCUAUCUCCGUCAAAAGCUUGCAAAACAUGUGGCGGCGACUUCGCUCCGCGACACGACCAACCCGGGGCUUGGACUAUCGGACGAGCCAGAUCAUGGAACAAACCCGGUAAUCACGUCGAAUCUUGUGGAUACGAGCCGCAGAAAGACAGAAUCCAUUAAGGUCUACGCAGACUUGAACGUCUUCGAAGAAAUUGCCACUUUGGCGGAACCCGAAAGGCAGAUGGAGCUUACGGGUUUCCCCACAGAGGAGACCUCUCGUCACGGUAUUCUUCAUCCAUUCUGA